GUAAAUAUUUUUUUUAGAUCAUUCAAGUUUGUUUUCUUAUUAGGGGAAAUCCAAUCAGAGUUUUCAUGUUUGGUGACUAUGAAUUUUUGUGUGCCGUUUAUGGCCUUACUCGAGCAAAUGGUAAAUUUUAUUACUUAAUCGAAAGUGUUAGGCAUAUACCUGAAAACAGAUGCAAUUCAAAAUGUUAAGUUUUAUUUUUAGGACGCCACCGUUGUUUAUUUUGUAACAUCACUUCAACUGAGAUGCAGUUAGCAGAUCGUGGAGCUUCAGAGUUUCGAACUUUAGAUACUUUGAAGCGAGACUUUGAAAAUUUCAAUGAGGAUGGUGGCAAUAUUAAGAAGGCAAAGUUUUUCAACAAUGUCAUUGGUCAGCCUAUGUUCAAUAUUCCAAUAGAUCAGGUUGCUCUCCCUGUACUCCAUAUCUCUCUUGGAACUUUUUUGAAAUUCUUCAACAUGCUAGAAGAAAAGUAUAGAAUCAUUGAUUUAAAAAUUUCCAAAAAGAUUGCUGGUGUCUUCACCAGCAAAAACGAUAUUGAGGAAUACAACAUGCUGCACCAGAAGGCCAAAGAUCUGGAACAUUGUAUUGUUGAUUGCACAGAAAAAAUUGAAUUGGUGAAUGAUGCUAGUGCAAGAUCUGUGAUUGACAAUCCAGACAAUGAAGAAUUCAUCAAAAAGACAUAUGAACCAAGACUAGAGUAUCUUCAAACCAAAUUAGUAAAGGUAAGUUUACACUUACAAAGCUUAGUCUGAAUGCUAACCCCUUAUUGGAAAAAACUUUUUAUAAAAAAAAUUAAAAAAUAAAAUCUAAAUGAAAAAAAAUAUUUUGUAGGAAAAGGAAAUGCACCAUUUUUUGCACCAUCUGGGGGUGGUGAAACAACGGUAAA